ACACAAUCUUGUAAACUAUCAAUGUCUCAACAAGGACACGAUCCUCAGCCUGUUUAUCAAAACAGGGAACGAUUACUCUCUCAUGCUAAACAUAGUCUCUAUUGCAACUAAGGUAUAUUUCUUCAAUUAUGAAUAUAUUUGGGUCUUUAACAGCGUAAUUACAAGUUAUGCGCUGUUGGAUAUAACAUAGUUAAGCAAUCACAAUAUGGGUAUUGCGGAGUUGGUGGUAUCUAUCUACAUACAUUCAAUGGGUUAAUCGCAAUUCAUGAUUUACGUAGGAUUUUUUUUGGCAUAUCACACAGCCAAAUUAAUUGAUCAAAAAGACAUUUUUAUGAUUUUAAAACAGAAUCUGAUUGCACUAACAUUAAUUAGCCCAUUAUUUCUGAUUUUGCAUAAUAUUAAACUGAAUCAAAUAUGAUAAUGUUUUUUUUGCAUAAUAUUGAAUCAAAAUGGGGCGUUGAAAAGAAGUACUAGAUUGAUAAAUGCGCCGACGCAAAUCGAUUUUCUGACGUCAUUAAAAAAAAGGGGCAGUGUGCCUCAACUUCCCCUUACUGAAUACAAAAAAUUCACAUUUCCUUUAUACUAAUCGUCAGUACUGUAUUUGUUAUUUCUUCAGGAUUUAACCAUGGAUAAAGAAGAGGGAAUACGUGGUAGGUGUAUACCUGAAGGAAGCAGAGAUAAUGGAAAGAUGAUUACUUCUCUUCUCCCUCUGAUGAGUGUACUAACCCUAACAAGGGUUCCUGCCCUAGACGAUAUGUGUACUGACAUAAUCAGGCAUAUUCUUCAGUUCCUGGAUUACAGGAGUAAGAAGAUGCUGAGGGGAGUGUCUUCUACUCUCAAGAACAGGGUUGAAGGAUGUGGGGAUAAACUGGUUCAUUACUGGAGGUUUUCUACCGAGUUUACAACAGAUCAGCUCAUCAAGUUUGCUGAUGAAGUUGAAACAGUUUUAGGUAAUUGAUACAUUGAAAUAAAUAUAUUUUACCUGUUUUUAA